AUGACGACCGAUCAGACAAAAAGUCAGUCUCGAUUCGUCUAUCUAGACGGCCCCGGCGACUGGGAAGUCUGGGAACAAGACUUCUUGAGCAAAGUCAAGCUCCAACGCGUCUGGGACCAAGUCCAGGGAACGAAGCCCCUGAGGAAAGAACCGAUAUGCCCGGAACCCGAUCAGGGCUACGCAACCCGAGCGAACGCGGCCCGAGGCGCGCAAUCCGCGACAGACUCGACAAUCACCGUAGCUUCAGGCUCUCGACCGAUAUCCGUGGCGGAUCUCACCGACGGCGGCCGCACUCGAUUCAACGAAGACAUGGCAACCUACAUCCGUCUGGAAACCCUCUACGUGCAAGAAGCGAAGGCCAUGGCAGAAAUCGGCGAGUUCGUCAUCAAGACCGUCAACCCGAAAGUGGGAGCCACAACCGAAUGGGGAUACAACAAAGCCAGCAACGAUUACCACGAAGCCCUCAAGCCAUUAGCGAAAAUCAAGGACUAUGAGACCUUCAUCGACAAAUGGGAAACGGCAUUUUCCGUCGCCAACGACAAGGGAGUCGCCGAGACGCUCAACUACCUCUCGUGGUCGCGGGAUUUUUUCCGAUCCAUCAAGAACGUUCCAGAGGCUGUCGCGUGGGGAAUAUCAUACCGUCAAACCAAAGGGCAAGACUUCCAAGAAGGGAAGCUCACGUAUCGUGACUUUGCGGUGGACUUUCGCAACGAGAUGGGCCUGGUCGCGCCCACAACAAUGCACAAAAAGAUUGGGAGAGGUGCAUUUGGACCUACCUACGCGGAUCAGGAGGCCAACGACCAAAACGCAGAAGGCGCAUCCAGAGGGCGGGGAGGACGCACCCGUUCAGGCAAGAAACGCACGCGAGACAACCGAUCGUUUUCGUCGAAGUGCAUGCUCUGUGACGUCCCGGGACACAAGAUCGAGGAGUGUUUCUUUCUGUCCCAACAAGCCCCAACCUGGUUUAAGCCAACGGAUGAGAAAAGAGAGGAGAUUGAAGCUCGCAUUGAAGAAGAUGUGAACAUCAAGAGGAUUGUUCAAGGCAUGAGGGGCAAGCGCCCUAGGACAGGAACCAGAUCGGGAAGAGACUCCCGAUUAGCCGUCAGGGGAUACGGAGACGUAACCAUCCAGUUGGGGACCACGCGGAAGGUCAUGAGACUUCGAGACGUGGCAUUCAUCCCUAGCAUUCAGUGCAACUUGGUCUCCUUGCGUCUCAUCAGACGGCAGGGAUUUUACUGGGACAACCGAAAUGACCCAACCCUCCUCAGGAGAAGAGUAGACAACUCUGUGGUGUGUCGACUCCGGGACCUACACGGGCAGUACGUCAUCGAAUACAACGACGCCAAUUCCAACCAUGCAUCUUUUGCAACCCGAUCAGCACGCUGGACGAACUGGAAACGACCAUCAGUCACAGCAGAAGCCCAGAAAUGGCACCUCCGAUACGGGCAUCCAGGACCAGAGGCCUUAGCCCGACUGCAGCGGACAGCUCAGGGGGUGAAGAUCAGAGGGCCAACCACAGUCCAGUGCGAGGCAUGCGCCAAGAGCAAGAUCAAGCGACAGAUCAGUCGUCGUCCACGCCAAUUUACCCAAGGGGUAGGCGAGAGACUAGCCGUCGAUUUCCACGAAUACACCCAAGGAUACGAAGGAUUCAAGCACCUGAUGCUGGUCACCGAUCGCUGGUCUGGACUGGUCUGGGAUUUCUACCUCACCGAUCGGAAGGGGAAGACACUUGUGGAAGCCUUUGACGGACUCUGGAUCUACCUGGACACGCAGUACAGGAUUCGCCCCGCGGUCAUCGAGACCGACAACGAAGUCAUGAAACAUGACGGGAUCAUUUCAUGGGCAGCCGAGAAAGGUAUCCGUUUCGAGCCCUCAGCACCGUACACUCAAGCACAGAACGGCGGCGCAGAGCGCUCAGGGGGUGUGAUCAAAGAAAAGGCGAGAGCGAUCCGAGAGUCAGCAAAAUUUCCAGAGUUCCUUUGGCCAGAAAUCGUCAAAGCAGCAGUCUAUCUUCAUAAUCGCACUCCGACGCUGAUCAACCAUUGGAAAUCACCAUACGAGCGAUUCCACACACAGAUCGGAACCCACGCGGGAGGAUUCGCCCAGGCAAGGAAGCCUGAAGGCACGCAUCUGAAAGCGUACGGAUGCAAGGCAUACGCCAUGACGGCGAAAGCACAAGAGAAAAAGGAUCGAAUCAGGAGAUUCAACCCCAAGGCUUGGGUAGGAUAUUUGAUCGGAUAUCAAUCGUCCAACAUCUAUCGAGUAUGGGUUCCCUCGCUCAAUCGCGUCAUCAGCACCAGGGACGUGAUCUUCAACGAAGACGAGUUCUUCAGCGGCAACGUGGAACAACUGCGAGACGACUUGCGGAUCCUCAACGAAGAGGACCUGAAGAAGGCCUUGGACACUGCCGAAUUACCCGAACCCGACCUAGAGGACGAGCCAACAGGCCGAUCAGGAGAAGACGAGGAAGUGAUGGACAUGGGAGAUCCUCUGGAUCCAGUGGAAGACUCAAGCUCAGAGUCGAAGCUCACCUCUACACGAUUCGAGCCUCUCCCUACUCCGCCUCAGUCCCCUCCAGCAGCGUUCUUCACCACCAUGUACGAGAAAACGUCAUAUGACGAGCCCCAGGACCAGGAGUCAACCUACAAUGCUUGGCAGGGUGUUGAAGCCUACAAUGUCUCGAGGCAAGAAGGCCCGAGGCAGGCGACUUCCCCCUACAAUGUCAAGCAGGUUGCAGCGGCCUACAAUGCCAGUCAGGUUGAAGUAACCUACAAUGACACCCAGCAGGCUACCCCGUGGGAGCAGGCCUACAAUGCUGGAAGGCAGACCGCUGAUCCGAAGUCCGCGAGGGGAGAAGCGUAUCAAGCGCGCAGACGUCGGCUUAGACCGAUGCGAUCCGGUUACACGGACGCAAACAAAGGGACGAUCCUCGAGCGACUGAAGGCUCUACAAAGGACUCACAGAUCAGAACUGCCAGUACCCCCAAAGAACGGGAGAGUGCAGGAUCACCCCUUAAAGGAACUGUUCCAUCAAGCGGAACUCGAUCACCUGAAGAGCCAUGACCAGAUGCAGUCCUGGAGAGAAGUUCCCAGGACUGUGGCCCAAGGCAAACAGAUCCUUGGUUGCAUGUGGGUAUACGUCUACAAGACGGACAAGCACGGUUACUUUGUGAAGUGCAAGGCUCGUCUGGUCGUGAGAGGAGACCAGCAGCGGUGGUCAGCAGGCGAAGAGACCUAUGCCGCGACACUGGCUGGCCGAUCGUUUAGAACUCUGAUGAGCAUUGCUGCCCGCUUUGAUCUAGAACUGACUCAAUAUGACGCAGUCAACGCGUUCGUUAACGCGAAGCUCCCGUACGAAGUGUACAUGGAGAUGCCACGAGGUCACCGAAAGGGCGAUACGAUCCUGAAACUCGAGAAGGCCCUCUAUGGAUUGAGAAUAUCACCCCUCCUAUGGCAAAAGGAACUGACAACCACCAUGAUCGAACUGGGAUUUGUUCAGAUCCCUCAUGAGCCCUGCUGUUUCAAGAAGGACGGCAUCCUUGUGUUCUUUUACGUCGAUGACAUAGUCUUCGCGUUCCGCAAAGAAAAGAGACUCCUAGAAAAGGUUCUCGCCGCGAAGCUGGGUCAGCGAUACGAACUCUCAGGGGGUGGGGGACUUCAAUGGUUCCUCGGGAUCGAAGUGAUCAGAGACCGGACAAAACGUUUGAUCAGGCUCUCUCAGACGGCGUAUAUCGACAAGAUCAGCAAGCUGAUUCGAGGACCGGCGAAAAGCGAGGUGCCAAUGGGCCGAAACGAACUCCUACCAUACGAUGGUGUGACUACCGCCUCCGAUCUGAACUGGUACCAGAGAACGAUCGGAUCGAUCCUGUUUGCCGCCGUACAGACAAGGGCCGAUAUCUCUUUUGCAACAUCAAGACUGGCUCGAUUUCUCAACAACCCGGGGCCACAGCACUGCCAAGCUGCCGAUCAGGUCCUAACUUACCUCAAGAGGACGCGAAACUACGCCCUUCAACUUGGAGGAGCAGACACGCUUGACAUUGCCAGUGACGCCUCAUUUGCUGACAAUUCGCUUGACCGGAAGAGCUCCCAGGGACUGGCCAUGAAACUAUUUGGAGGUCUGAUCGCAUGGAGGGCUAACAAGCAAGAUACGGUCACCACGUCAACCACGGAGGCCGAACUCCUUUCCCUUUCGCAAGCAGCCAAGGAAGCACUCUUCAUCGACAGGCUUCUCAAAGAGCUGACAGUCGCUCUCGAAGACAACUACCUCACGAUCCAAUGCGACAACAUCCAGACGAUUAGACUGGUGAACCGAGACACAGUCACCCUUCAGACCAAGCUGCGCCACGUGGAUAUCCACAAUCACUGGAUUCGCCAGGAAGUCAACAACGGUCGGAUCAGAGUCGUGUACACGCCUUCAGACAAGAUGAUUGCCGACGGUUUCACGAAGGCGCUGCAGAGGGAGAAGUGGCAAGGGUUUCUAGACUGUCUGAGCAUUGUGGAGGUGGAAGAUCAUUUACGAAGGCCACCAGCCGCCAGAUCAGAAGAGCCGGAACCCCGUUCAAAGUAA